AUGGGUCUGGGCGCGGCUCCAGUUGUGCAAUUCGCAACUUGGGACCUUGUCAGUUCCGAUAAUCUUCAGGUAGAAGGAAAUCAGGGUGUUGUUUCUGCGGUCUCAAGCAUCACAUCUCCUAUAACCUCUUCAACAAAUACAUAUACGGUGGAGUUUCCUAGAAAGCGAAAAGGGAGUGAGUCUGAUAAUCAAUAUGCCUGUGACACUGAGGCUGAUGAUCUCCAGAGCAGGAGUGAAGACGAAGAACAUGUAAAAAUUAAAUAUUUCAGGGAGGCUCACAGCCAAACAGAGAAAAGGAGGAGAGACAAGAUGAAUAACCUGAUUGAAGAAUUAUCCGCUAUGAUUCCUCAGUGCAGUCCAGUGGCACGUAAGCUGGAUAAGCUUACGGUAUUAAGGAUGGCUGUGCAGCAUUUAAAGUCAUUGAAAGGUUCUACUAGUUCUUACUCAGAAGUUCGAUAUAAGCCUUCGUUUUUACAAGAUGAUGAACUUCAACACCUAAUCCUUAAGGCUGCAGAUGGUUUCCUUUUUGUGGUUGGGUGUGACAGAGGAAAAAUCCUGUUUGUUUCAGAAUCUGUUUCCAAGAUACUUAAUUAUGACCCAACAAAUUUGACUGGGCAAAGUCUUUUUGACUAUCUUCACCCAAAGGAUGUUGCCAAAGUAAAAGAACAGCUGUCAUCUUCAGAUGCUUCACCAAGAGAAAAACUGAUCGAUACCAAAACUGGUUUGCAAGUUCACAUGGAUUUUCAAGCGGGAUCUUCUCGUCUGCAUUCUGGUGCUCGGCGUUCAUUUUUUUGCCGCAUAAAGUAUACAAAAAACACAGUCAAAGAAGAGAAGGAGUCCUUGCCGAACUCAAAAAAGAAAGGAAGCCACCUUCUGUUGGGUGCCUGGAACAGCAUCUGCCUGGAAAUCUAUCCAGUUCCUACCCUAAGGGUAUUCCAUAAGUCUUUGAAAACUUGCUUUGACUCCAAACUUGGAGAUCAUAAAAAGUACUGUACCAUUCAUUGCACUGGUUAUCUGAAGAGUUGGCCCACAAAUGAGGUGGGGGUUGAAGAAGAGAAUGAUGCAGAAAAAGAGAGUGGUAACUUUAAUUGUCUUGUUGCAAUUGGGCGAUUACACCCUUACACCGUUCCACAAAAAUGCAUUGAGAUUAAAGUCAAGCCAACGGAAUUUGUAACCCGCUUUGCCAUGGAUGGAAAAUUUGUGUUUGUAGAUCAACGAGCAACAGCAAUUUUAGGAUAUUUACCCCAAGAACUAUUAGGAACUUCUUGUUAUGAAUAUUUCCACCAAGAUGACCACAAUCAUCUAACUGAAAAACACAAAACAGUGCUACAGAGCAAAGAAAAAAUAUUUACAAAUUUCUACAAAUUCAAAGCAAAAGAUGGUUCUUUUGUCACCUUAAAAAGUCAGUGGUUUAGUUUCAUCAAUCCAUGGACCAAAGAACUGGAAUAUAUUGUGUCAAUCAAUACAGUUGUUUUAGGUCACAAUGAAUCCGCUGAAGAAAAUUUACUACCCUGCAGUUCCCUGUCUUCAGAAGAUACAACAAAACCACAAUUCCUUGGUGUACCAGGAAUGUGUACAGGUACUAUCCUGGGAGCUGGGAGCAUAGGAACCAAAAUUGCAAAUGAAGUUUUAGAUCUGCAAAGAUUACAUGCAUCUCCUCUUGGUGAGUUAAGCCCAUCUGAUCUUAUGAGGAAGUCUUCUCCUGUCCUAGCUGUAAACUGUGGUAAUGUGCCAAAUAAAGAAUUUACAGAACUAUGUCCUUCAGGGAUAGAAGAUUUAGAAACUUCAGAGCAAAAUCAAGAUGUGAUUUCAUUCUCUAACAAUGAGCCCCUUCUCAGUGGCACUUCUCAAUUAGAUUUUGAAAAAGACACUGCCAUGGCUGCUCUUAUGAAUUAUUUGGAAGCUGAAGGAGGCCUUGCUGAUCCCACCGAGCUAAGUGACAUGCAGUGGACUCUUUAGUUUUAUACCAGUGGGAAGAAGAUAAACAUUUUUGAUGCACAAAAAAUAAUCACUCAUCCUCAAGUACUGUAUUGGUAUAUUUUAAGGCUUUAAUUUCUAUUUACAAUAACAAUAUUUACAGUAUUAAUAUUUUUGAAAGACUUUUGCCUUAUUUGUAAAGAAAUGGCUUUGGCUCCUAUGCUGAAGAGAUGCAAUAUUUUUUAAAGAUACAGAACCUCAGUUUUAUUAUUGAUGCAUAAGUAGACUUUAAACAUGCUUUAAACAUGGGUAUAUUUUUACUGAAAUCUUUUAAGGGACAUUACUGUAAGCAAGAAGCAUAGAGAUUCUGUUCUGAAAUAUCUCUGAGGUAUUAUUUAUUUGUGGGUUUUGUUGAUUAGAUUUCUAAUGUUCCUUCAGGAAAAUUCUGUGCUUGAGUAAGCUUAGAUACUAUGUCAGUUCCCAUAAUAGCUGUAGUCUCUAUGCCAUGCUGUCUUUCUGUCUGUGAAACCUGUGAUCAAGGAACUGGUAUGGAAUGGUUGUUAAAUCAAUUCAUUAUGCUUAUCAGAAAAAAAUACUUUAUUAUCUCAGUACAAAAUUGCUGCAGGAACACCUGAAAGAACUAAUAAAUAAGAUAUCUAAUUUGGAGGGGAAUGAUAUAUUGUAGGGCUGUGCGGGGCUUUGAAGUACAAAUGUAGUUGUCUGCAAUUCUUUAAAGCAGCCACAUCUUUAAAAACACAGCUGCUCUAAAAAGUUGCAGACGGGCUACGUUCAUACUGCUGCAUGCUCUGAAAGAUGUUUUUGGAAUCCAAUCAGAAGUGAAGAAUAGCCCUGUUUUUAUGAAGCACAAGCUAAAAGUUAUGAUUCAUAUUGAAAGAAUAUAUAUGUGACUGUGUAUGUUCUAUUAACUAUUUAUUACAGCAUGAUGAUUGUUUUAAGGAAAAAGAAAUGCAAAUGUUGACAUGGAACUUGGACCACUGAGAUGUAGGAUCAUGGAAUGAAAAAAGCCAGAAUUAAAAAGUGGGAUACUUUUUGACAGUUUAGUUAGGAGAGUCUUAAGGUAUAAAUUAUGGGAGUGCACAGAAGAGAAAAUGUGUUUUGUUUUCUAUAUGAAACAAAGACAUUGUGAGUUGGAAAUACAGCCAAACUGUUCUGAGCAGGUCUUGGUGGUUCAGAAUUUCAGUACUCUGGGAUAAGUACCUCCAUUUCCAUCCACUAGUGGGGCCCUUGCCUUGCUCCCAUUUUUCCCAUCCAACAUAUAUUUCUGCCAAAUACAUGUGUUUUUUGUCUGUGUCCAGCCCAGACCCGUUAGUUUGGGCUUUGUGCCCAAACCAACAUUUGUUUUGAUCUGGGCACAGACUGCCAACAACGGGCUCUUCUGUGCAUAGAACAUUUUGCACAUCCUUACUUCAUGUAUUAAAUUGCACAUGCUGAAUUGGAGUGGCUCAGUUCUUGAAUGUAGGGGUUUUUUUCCAAGUUGCAAUAUGGACUUUAUAUCUGUUAAGAGGGGCAAUAUUUAUUAGAAAUGUUGAAGAAAAUUGUGAAAAAAUUAUGGUGAUUAAACAUACUACUUUUACGA